CGAGUCACGUGCUUCCACCGCGUUUUUGCUUUCGUCGAAAUGAGCGGCGUCUUUUGCCUCGUCAUAUUACAAAACGGCAGCCGGCGAAAGUUGAAGCUGGCAACGGGAACCUACGCCGAGUUCCUGCAAAAAGUGACGGCAAUCGUGGACGUCGAUCUCGAGAACACGCUGAUCCAGGUGUAUGACACCGACCUGGACGACUUUGUCGACCUUGAACCCGAAGAUGAAAUUCUAAACAAAGCGAAGCUGCGCGUCAUCUCAAGGAGUGCUUCAGUUCUGUGCCAUGCAGCAGUGGAUACUGGUGAUCAAGACGUUGCACCCCCUUAUCCACAAAGUCC